GUUCCAAGCUGUUGGCUUUCUGCUGUUGGAAGCGCUUCCCCAGCCGCCGGAUGUCUUUUUGAAACCUGGAUGUGACGUAUUGAAGAAGCCGACGGAAAUAGAAUUGAAAGCGUUCUAAAAUGGCGAACCGUACGGUCAAGGAUGCGCACAGCAUCCAUGGCACCAACCCUCAGUAUCUGGUGGAGAAGAUCAUUCGGACGCGAAUCUAUGAAUCAAAGUACUGGAAAGAAGAGUGCUUUGGACUUACGGCUGAACUUGUAGUGGACAAAGCCAUGGAGUUAAGGUUUGUGGGUGGUGUCUAUGGUGGAAACAUAAAGCCAACUCCUUUCCUCUGUUUAACCUUGAAGAUGCUUCAGAUUCAACCUGAGAAAGACAUCAUUGUUGAGUUCAUAAAAAAUGAAGAUUUCAAGUAUGUCCGGAUGUUGGGGGCACUUUACAUGAGGCUGACAGGAACUGCAAUUGAUUGCUACAAGUACUUGGAGCCUUUAUACAAUGACUAUCGAAAAAUCAAAAGCCAGAACCGAAAUGGGGAGUUUGAACUGCUGCACGUGGAUGAGUUCAUCGAUGACCUUCUGCACAGUGAGAGGGUCUGUGACAUCAUUUUACCCCGGCUACAGCUCUCUAAUCAAGGAAGACUGUGAUAAAAACAGAGAAUUCCAAACUGCAGCACUCAGACCAGAAGUCAAAGGAGACAAAUCUCUUACUGUAUAGCCACGAGGCCAGGCCUGGGAAGGGAAGGGCGCUCACUCAAGUCUAACAAAGAGGAACAAACCCCAGCCCCUCAAUAGCUCUCUCCUCUACCACACCAGAGCUUGAUCCUUGGAUACCAGCCUGGCAAACACACCAGCAGGUCUGCAUCCUCCUCCAGCCCUUCCUCUUCCUCUCCCUCCUCCUCCUCCACAUCUCGCAUACAGUCUGUUGCCAACUUCUCAAUGUGGGCCAUGGGUAGGGGGGCUGAGGAAAGAGAGUGACUCAGGUAAGGUGCUGGACAUUGACCAAGGAUCUUUAGUUCACUGGACUGGUAGCCACCCCAGGCAGAAAUCCCCCAUCCCUUCUACAGUGAAGUCCCCCUCAGAAAGGGCCUCUUCUUUCAUGACUCUUGCUCUGCAUGCCUUCCUGGGAUCCCACCAAGUAACACGCUGCUCCUUUCCCUGCAUGUCUGCUUGCAGGUCAAUGUACCUGUUCUACACUGCCCCGCCAUGUCUUGCACAUUUGUAAAUGGUUUUAAAUCCACUCAAGUUACUACUUACAGUUCUAUAAGAUGGGCAACAUUAUCCUCAUUUUCUUGUUCCUUCCCUUUUGUUUGUUUUUUGAGAUAGGGUUUCUCUGUGUAGCCUGUCCUGGAACUCUGUAGACCAGCCUGGCCUCGAACUCACAGAUUCCCCUGCCUCUGCCUCCCAAGUGCUAGGAUUAAAGGAGUGUGCCACCACCACCUGGCCAACAUUAUCCUCAUUUUCUAUACUGAAUAAAUUAGGAUGCACCAACAUCCAUUUCCUCAAAUUCACAAUCUUAGUAAGUGGCAAUAUUCAAACCCAGGCUUGUCUUAAAAAAAGCAGGGUUAGGAUACUGAGCCCUUCCCAGUCAUGCCCUGACUUUAGCUCAAAGGCAUACAGGCUGCCUCCUAGGGUUCCUGCUAAGAGGAAUAUUCAGACCCCUUAUUCUGAUAUCUAAAGGAGAUUUCACAUACUCA